AUGAAGCUACGAACCACCGCCCGCGCCCUCUGCAGCGCGCUGCUAGCCGCGCAUUCCGCCUCCGCCCUCGAGCUCGACCUCGACGACAAACAGUCCAUCAAAGACGCCGCCCGCACCGCCGCCGACGGCAUGAUGGCCUUCUACCCGGGCAACCUGACCGGCGGCAUCCCGGGCCUCUUCGGCGACCCCUACUACUGGUGGGAAGCCGGCGCAGCGUUCGGCGCGCUCAUCGACUACUGGUACUACACGGGCGACAGCACGUACAACGACGUGACGACCGAGGCGAUGCUGUUCCAGGUCGGGGAGGACGACAACUACAUGCCGCAGAACCAGAGCAAGUCGCUGGGGAAUGACGAUCAGGCUUUUUGGGGGAUUGCGGCCAUGUCGGCGGCGGAGGUGGCGUUCCCGAACCCGCCCAAGGAUAAACCGCAGUGGUUGGCCCUCGCGCAGGCGGUGUUCAACUCGCAGGCCGCGAGAUGGAAUACGGAUGCGUGCGGGGGCGGGUUGAAGUGGCAGAUCUUCUCCUUCAACACCGGGUAUACGUAUCGGAACUCCAUCUCGAACGGGUGUUUCUUCAACUUGGCUGCGAGGCUGGGCGCGUACACGCAUAACGAGACGUAUCUGAAGUGGGCGGAUAGGACGUGGGAGUGGGCGACGAAUCCGGAUAUUGGGUUGAUUGGCGAGGGGUAUCAGGUCUAUGAUGGCACUAAUGAUGUGAAGAAUUGUACUGGUCUGAACCCCGUGCAGUGGACGUAUAAUACGGGCGUGUUUUUGCUGGGGGCGGCGACGAUGUGGAAUCAGACCACCGGCCCGGAACAAGACCUCUGGGAAACGCGCACGCAAGCCCUCCUCGACGCCGCGGUGAAAUUCUUCUUCACCGACGGCUCCACCAUCAUGACGGAAGCGGCCUGCGAACCCCGCGGCAACUGCAACGUCGACCAGCGCAGCUUCAAAGCCUACCUCAGUCGCUGGAUGGCCGCCACCACCAAAGCGGCCCCCUGGACCCACGACCAGAUCAUGCCCUUGUUGCAAUCCUCGGCGCAAGCGGCCGCGACAUCGUGUUCGGGCGGGGACACCGGGACGACGUGCGGGAUGCGCUGGACCACUGGCUCCUGGGAUGGCGACACGGGCGUCGGCGAGCAAAUGUCCGCGCUGGAGGUCAUGCAGAGUAAUCUCAUCGACGACGUGGAUGGGCCUGUGAGCCAGGGGCAGGGAGGAAUUUCGAAGGGGGAUCCGAGCGCGGGGACGGGAGGCGAUGAUCCGGGCCCGAGCUAUGAGCCGGUGGGGACGGGGGAUAAGGCGGGCGCGGGGAUUUUGACUGCGCUGGUUGUGGUGGGGAUUUUGGGAGGGGCUUGGUGGCUUGUUAGGUGA